ACGCCGAAGCUUUACCUCUUAUAUUCACUCAUAUUCGUUAAAUUUACAACCCAAUAGUCUGAUCUUUAAUCCCAUACUGCGUACAGAUGUUGUAGUGAGUUUGUGUUUCAGUGAGUUGUGUCUAGUGCUGUGCGAUGAUUCUACGAAGGUUAGGUUAGCUGGUGGCCCUCCCAGAUAACCUGUUUACAAGUGCAGUGUACGGGUGUUUAAAUAGUAAAGAGGAGCUAGUUUGUGUUUACCUGUGAUUCCUUAACUAAUCAAGUUCCACUUAUCUUUGGUACCUUUUAACUCCAGUAUUUUACAAUGUAAGUGCAAAGAGGAAUAUACCUACACAACUAGACCAGUACGAGAAAACAAUAUUCAAGAACACCGUUUAUUUUUCACCACACCUUUCUCCGGCAAUAAAGAGUUAGGGCUAUGUAGUCCAUGUGUUUAAUACUGUAUGUGUGUGUAUGUGGCCCCCUCCCCCUAUACCCCCACGACAUGCCAAUGGCUGAGCUCGUAGUACGAGGUACACCGGCAUGAAGACGUCACCGAGGAGGUACGGCAUGGCUCACUGGACUUAACAUUGUGAUCUCGGCUCAGCCUGAUGCUCAUAGAGGUGAUGGAGAUCUGGCAUUGUAGAGUGCCUCCGCUGACCUUGACCUUACUGACCAUGGACAACUCGACGACCAACUGGACAGACUUAGACCGAACUGAGCUCAGUUUGGAAGAUAUGUUGACGAUUUUGGCUAACAACAACACUAGCACCAACACCACCCUAGCGGACGAUGGGGGAUUGAUGUCUUGUGGAGAGUGGGAGCCCGCACAGCACAACCUCUUCCAACUCUCCAAUAUAUUCUUCGCCGCUGCCUUUAUGGUGCCGAGAAAGUUUAAGCAGAGUGUGCUUGUCCUCAGAGCGCUGUUGUGUGCGGGCUUCAUAGUGUCAGCGCUAUGGGCGGGUAUCCACGUCUGCACACCGGACAUGUUCGCGUGGAAUCUGUUGCUAGCUGGACUCAACCUGAUACACGCUGUGAUCCUGACUUGCCGCUUUUUGCCUCCAGCGCUCUCUGUGGAGCUGACAGAACUGUAUGUGCGGAUGUUCAAGCCACUGAAGGUUUCGAGAAAUCAUUUCAAGGAGCUGACGAGAGAGGCGUCUCUACUGCAGCUAAACACAGGAGAGAACUACGCGAAGGAAGACUCCACCCCGGCAGACGAGAGACUUUCAAUCCUUCUCCGUGGCAAGCUGAAGGUGUCCGUGGAAGGAAUGCAUCUUCAUUACAUUCACCCCUUCCAGUUUAUCGACUCUCCGGAAUGGGAAGCUGGCCAUGAAACUAGUGAUGACCUCUUCCAGGUCACGAUAUCAGCUGAAGAGGACAGCCUAUACCUGUGUUGGCCUAAGAUAAAAAUGGCCCGCGUCCUUAGGCAUCGACCAAUGCUAAGGACUAUACUCUCCAACCUAAUAGGUAAAGAUAUAACGCAGAAGUUGUACUCAUUGAACGAGCAGUUAGGCUCAGCAUUGCAGCUCAACAUGAUCAACAAAGUGCCGAAGGCCGACCACUGGAGAUACGUGAUGACUCGGUCACUCAGCGUGGACGCAGUCAGCACAGGCACCAAGGGGCACGUCCGCUCCCACGUGUGGAGACAGGGACAGAACAACAGGAGAAACUCCCUCGGCAUGUCUGAGAGUCUGUCUCCAAUGAGAGGGGGGCAACAGCAAUGUUGGAUCCCCAUAGUAGCUAACCACUUCCCCGCUACGUCACCCUUCGUGGGUCCACCCCCUAACCCUGCUGCUGCUGGUGCCCCCGCUAGCCCCGUAGCUCUUAUCCCUGUCCCCGUCAUAGUACCAGUACUGCCACCACCCCCAGCGGCCUCCAGACCUGCCCGCAGACCACGUGAGGUCAAAUUCGAUGAGAGCAAGGUCUGACGACAGCUUUCCGGGAGGAGGAAGAGGGGGACGUCAUUUCGGGAUAAGAAGGCAGAUGCACCCGAAACUAUCCCCCUCUUCCACUUUCCCCCCGGAUCUUAGUGAUAAAGUGUUGCUUCGUCUAAAGAACUGCCUUCUGUACAUUGCCAAUGACACCUUGCCUUAUGUUCAAAUGUAAAGUAACCCAUAGUGUACAACUUAAUGUUCAACUUUUGUAUUCUGUAUAAAGCUACUGACUAGAGUAUAGACUGGUUAAGUUUUGUUAUAAGAAAGGGAUAUAAAUGCAUAAAUUUAAUAACAAUUAGACUAGCAGUUUAAAUUUUAUAAUUUUAAAAGGUAAUAUUACAAAAGCAGGUAUGAAAACAUUUAAGUUCAGACAACCUUAAAAUAACUAACUAGCUCAUUACAGUUCUUCACAUUUUAAAUGUGAAGUAAUUCAUUGGUUAACCAACAAGUAUAGAAAUAUAUACACUAUAGUUUGGUUAAAUAUGAUGCAAGCUGCAUUUUGUUAAGCAAAAAAAAAAUCAUUUUUAAAAACUGUGUUGUAAACGGUGCGAGUUAUAUUUUUAUUUUCAAUAUUAAUCAAAUGUGAUAUGAAGUAUCCAAAAUUGACAAAAAUGUCUUGGCAUUAGGGUAAAAUUUGUGCAACCAAAUUAUGAUGUAUAAACAACAUUAAAUGAUAAAGAAUUUUUAAGUAGCCUAGUCCAACAGUGUUGAUGUUCAGAUUUUGAACUGUCAAAAUAUUUUAAACUAAAAAAAUAUUGUGAGUUAGCAAAAACAGUUUUAGAAAUUUAAAAUCUUAAAUUCUGCUAACAAUCAUGAUUGAUUAAAUAAAUAGAUUUAGGUUGCAGCUCGGGAACCCGUGAAAAGUUUACUCAAAUUAGAAUAUGUAUAUAUUCUAUGAACAUGAAUAAAACAACUUUAUAUGAAACCUGUUUGAACUAAGAUGACCAAUUAAAUGUUAAUUAGAUAGUAAUUUAAAAUAGUUUAUUACAUGAAUAAUAAAAUUAAAAGGAAUUAAAAACCAUAACUAAAUGUAUGUAUAAGUGUAAGUUAAAAGUUUAAAAGUUUAACUAAAUUAAACUUAACUGUUAUUGGUCCAAAGGUAAUAUUGCUCAAGAUAUUUGGAGGGAGGAUUUAAAAAGGAAGAAACAUUUUGAAUUUAAAUGGUUCCAGAUAUUUUUUUCUAUCAAAUCAAUAACACUUUUUUGUUGUGUCUAAUAAACAUCACUCUAAACUAAUAUAUUUAUUUAAAUUUAUAUAUAUUGAGUAUUGAUUUUUUUUAUUUUUAAAUCAAAUGUUUAUACUGAAUAAUUCAUUUCUUUGUGUAUACUUUUUAGCUAUGCUGUAUUUUAGUAGCAGCUGACCAGUUGUAAGAAAUCAAGUCACAGCAAGAAAAUUGUAAUAGAUCUAAAUAACAGAAAAUGUAAGACAAUCAUUUGAAUAUUCAUCACAGUGAAGGUUUCAUCAUCAAUGUACUUCCUAUUAAAGUGAGGCUAUUGGCAUGCCUCUCAUGGUGGGAUUCAAGCCCAGGACAAUCUUAAAAUUAAUUUUAUAACCUCCUAAAGCGUACUUAUUUAUCAAACACAAACGUUGAUAACACUGUAAGCCGUUUUCAAAAUGUGGUGAAGACAUUCCUUUCUAAAUAUAUUAGACAAACUGUAUCACAAUAAAUUGAGUAAAAUCUUACGCUGGUUUUAGGAGGUUUGUUUUGAAAUUGGUGUUUUUUUAUCCAACGUUGAGCUGCCUAAAAAACCAAAUAAAUUGGCACAUACUUAAAAAGUUUGGAAUUUGAAAACCCUUCCUAGCUCUCGUGGUUUUUAGGUUUUAAAGAUAACAUCUUUUAGCCAAAAGUAGUAAAUAUAAUGGGAAUUUUACAUAGAGAAAACUAUGUGUAACAUUUAUUGACUGAUUUAGAAUGUUUAAUGUACCUUAAUUAAUGCUAAGAUAAGUUUUCAAUGCUGUACACACCACCUUCUUUUUUGUGUCCUCCUUCAACAUAAAUAUGAAUGAAGCCCCCUCCCACAAUUGAAUCAACCUUCAAUUUUCCAAUGUUAAAAUUUCCUUUAUCCUCAUCAGCAUAUUGUGAGAAAACUUGUUAUCUAGAUCUAAUUUAUGUGAUCAUUCAAGAUAAUGAACAAUAGUCAACCAUCAAAAAUCUACUUCCGAUGGUUCUUAUAUUUCAAUUUGUGAUCAAUAUAAAUUUUGAUACAUGAAACAAACUGUAAGUAGAAGAAAUAUUCAGAAUUCAGUUUAUAGCAUGUUUUUAUCAAAUUCGUUUAUAAAAUUUAGUCUUGGACUGUCAGCUUCAAAUAAACCUGUCCAAUACCUUUGGAAAUAUAAACACAUCGACAAUGUUCAUCGAAUCCUAUAUAACUGUCUAUUUUCUUAGCCCAACUUUUAAUGCAGCCUAAAAACAAAUGGAUGUUUCCCUAUUGAUUUUUUCACUACUUUUUAUUGACACAAUGGAGAUCAAAUUGUCAAAAGUCAAAACCACCACACUUUCAUCCAUUGUGGAUAUAGAAGGGACUAUAAAAAAUAAUAGUUUAUAAAUUAAUAGUGUAUGUACUCGAGCAAAAAAUAACUAAGCCAAACAAUGGGCCUAAUAAUGCUUCCAUGCUAGGAAAAUUUAUAGCGUUGAAUUUAUUUUUUUAACCAGAAUUAAUGAAUAUUUUACUGUCUGGGUCUUGAUUAUUUUUUCAGCAAGUUUUCACUUUUUUAACUCAAGGCUCCAAAAUUGUUUAUUGGUAAUACUAUAUUAAACAACCAGACUUCCAUCCUUACUUUGGAUACUGAAGUAUAAUUUAAUCUACAUACACCAGCUGUAGCCAGAUUACUCGGAGAUAACAUACUGUAGUUAAAUGUGCCUCUCAUGGAAAUGCUACAAAUACUAUAUAAGUUAUAUAAUAAUUUCUCUCACUUUUUGUACUAUGUUAGAGAGAAGUGACUUGCAAAAACUGCAUUUUAACAACACUGUUACUGUUAGUGGCUCCCCCCAACUACAGUAGAACCCUUCAUAUUCGACCAUGACUGGACGGAGCUGAGGUCGGAAUGAACAAAAGAUUGGAUUUUGCAGGGAGCAAAUUAAAAUUAUGAUUUUGCAAGUAAGAAAAGUUUAUUUAUUUCCCUAAACAAAUCAAUACUAAUAACAAUUAAUACUACUACCCAAUCCCGUCAAGAUCGAGUCAAGUCAAUUCGAAAAUAUUAUUUUAGUGAUUGCGGGAAGCAUUAACGAAGAUCCAUGAUUGAAAAUAGACAAUUUUAUUAUUUUGGAAGACCUUAAUAUUUAUGUUUGCGGAGGAUGUUCACAAAUUUGCCUUAACACGUUUGCUUCAAUAUUUUUUACCGAUUCAUUAAGCUUAUAAAAACAUGUACCACCAUGCGGUGAACCCCAAAACUCUGACAUGCGCCACCGGUGGACACCGUUACUAUGGGGGUUGUACGCAACAAAAUGACAUUUCGGAGUCUUUGUGAGUGUUUUUACUAGGUAUUUGUGUAUGUAGAAGCCAUAUGAAACGUAUCCACGGGUGGUACAUGAACCAAAUUCAGUUUACAUUAAUAAUAUUAACAAGCUACAAAAAAUGUGUUAUUAAUUAUUUCAGCAAUAAAAACAUUUUUAAGAUUAAAAAGUAAUUUUUUACUGCUCAAAGUAUGUUUUUCAUUUUAAAUUCAUAGAAUGUACUUGUUUUCAACAUGAUGAAAUUAUGACAAAUCGAACACAGUUUAAUAACCAAAAUAAUUAUCUUAUUUUGUUACUGAAACAGUACAAGUAAGUAGUGUACAGUUAAUAAAUAAUUAAUUAUAUCUAAUAAUUCCCAUAAACACACUUUUGUUUUUUUUUAAGUCAAUGGUAAUUUGUACACAAAUUUACUUUUGACUGAAAUUUCAUUCGUGCGCCACUGGUAGCCACGUCGGAGCAAACGUGUUAAGCCUGGCAGAUGUUCUUGAUUUUGGGAACAUUAUCACAGUUUUGCUGUAACCACAGAAGAUGUUCUCCAUUUGACUGUGGCUGCAGGAAACAUUCACGAUUUGACUGCAGACUAAAAUCAGAGUUUUUCAGCAAAAUUAAAAAAAUCUCUUUUUUCAAAGUACAAAAAUUCAAUCAUGAUUUCCGGUGUUCCCAAAAUUUUCACUAUGUAGAUCGGAUGUUUGAUAUGAGGGGUUCUACUACUGUAAGUUCUCUUUAACUCCAAAACUGGCUACAAGUUUAACGUGGGAAUAGAAUGUCAAAAUCUCAGUAGAUUACCUAUUCAAAAUAUUCUUUUUCAUACACUUGAAGCAUAUGAUUUAAUUGCCUUUAAAAUGAAACUUGCAUUUUAUAACAAGUUUAACAAAUGGUGUAAACAUGGGAGAUUCUGAUGUUCCAAUAUAAUUAAAAUGCUACAAACUACUGUACAAAGGCCUUAACCAGCUAUUGAGACUGUUUAUAUAUCAGAUAGUUUAGCGAUACUUAGCGAGGCUCUGUUUUAUUUCCUCAAAUUCACCUGAUUUCUUCCCAACUAUGUGUGCUUCAUCAGGACAUAUGAACGUAGAUGUGUAAUAGAUCUGUGACCUACAUUAGGGUGAAAAUAUAUGGAUAAAAACAACGUAAAGUAUCGGUGCUACUGUACUCUAGUUUAUGUUUUGGCCUACAGAAUUUAUGUGUUUUCUAAUGUUAGCAGCUAGGUGGCUGGUUCAUGUUUCUGGUGUGUUUCAUGGUUUCUGUUAGUGUGUUAGAUUAGAGUAUGUGUUUGAUAUCAGUGUUUAGUUGAAUGUAUUUAUUAGUUUUGAUUGCUGUGACAAUAUUUUUGUCAGAAAUGUUUGUGUGAUGUUGUUAUUGACUUGUUGUUUUUUGUAUUUUAUACACUGUUUACUAAUACUAAAGAGCUUCUUUUUUAAGAUCAAAUAAAAAAAAUAUUGACUCAAUGUGUAAAAUUACUUGAAAAGGGGUGAAAAUCUGAUUAUGUUCUAAUUUUGAAUAUUAAUCCUUUAAUAAGUGUUAAAUAAUGUGAUAUGUAAAAUUUGUGUUUUUCAUUCAAUAUUUCGAUUUCUUGGCUUUAUUUACUUCAUGAACCCUACAUAACAUAAAAAUAUAUGUAUGGAUUCAGCACUUUACGUUACCCAGACAAUGAAGACAAGCUUUUAAUUAGCCUACUCAUACAUACAACCAAAAAUAGUCAUACAGUUUAACUGUAACUGACCACAACUCGAUAGAGAAGUUAACUAUAGACACCACGUAAUAAUGAAGCUUAUCAUUUGUGGAGAAUACUUCUCAGCCACUCUGUAUAUAUUCUCGCCCCGGAGCCUAUCACAUUCUGUGUAGUGUAUCCGUGCGUUUGUACGCAAUUUGAUAUCCACUGUUGUUAUAUGUUGCCUCGACCUCAUGAACUGUUGUGUUUUUUGUAAACAAGUAUAAA